GCGGAGACCAUUAGUCGUUAUCAUCUGCCACAAAACGUCAAGAAAUUAAGUGGGAUAUUUCUCUCAUUUUAGUAAUUACUUCUUCUUACAUCUUUCUCAUCAAAUACACUCAAUUUACUCACAAAGUUUGUUGGAAGAAAUGGGUGUUCUUGACCAUAUAUCUGAUAUGUUUGAUUGCUCCUCUGCCCACUCCAAACACAAAAGACGCAGACAAUUACAGACAGUGGAGAUAAAAGUGAAGAUGGACUGUGAAGGUUGUGAGAGGAAAGUGCGAAGGUCUGUAGAGGGAAUGAAAGGAGUUUCGUCUGUGACAAUAGAACCCAAACAGCACAAGCUCACAGUAGUAGGCUAUGUGGAUCCAGAUAAAGUUGUGGCUCGUGUAGCUCAUCGCACAGGUAAGAAGGCAGAGAUUUGGCCCUAUGUCCCAUACGACGUCGUUGCUCAUCCUUAUGCACAGGGUAUUUAUGAUAAGAAGGCUCCAGCUGGAUACGUGCGAAGAGAUGAUUACCAAAGUAACCAGCUUGCUCGUGCCAAUUCUACUGAAGUUCGCUAUACUACUGCCUUUAGUGAUGAGAAUCCAGCAGCCUGUGUGGUCAUGUGAACUAAAAUAUUGCUGCUGCUAUGUUUACUAAAUUAUGUAUCUUGUAUUACAGUACAUUAGUACUCUGUUAUUGUUAAAUUUGUAUUGGUUUUGUGGAGUUUAUUCCUACUUUUAAGUUUUGAUCAUAGUGUUCUUUUUGUUGAAGCUAAAGUUUUAUCGUGGUUGUACAUAUUGUAUUGUUAAAUCAUUGAAUAUUAUGUUGUUGAAAGA